AUCGUUGCCCCGCCCUCUUUGUGUCGUCAGAGGUAUUUGCGGAACUAACCCGGACCGCGGUGCGCGACAACCAAUAUAUAAUGUAUAUAAUGUUACAGGUAGCUGUCCGUCCUUCUGUGCAGAAUAUGUAGGAUAACGCACACCUGCUGCACGCGACACGUAGCUCAUUGCUCAUCUCGUAUUAGAUUUCGGUUGCCACGAGAUAAUUGUUCGCCUCCUGCCUGGUUUGAAUGGAAGGAAGCGAGAUGAGGAACCGAGCCGAUGCGGGCCCGUCCGAGCCGGGUCGCGAUACCAGAGACGGGAGCACCCAGACUGACAGCAGGAUCCAAGGUUUUGGUCCCAGGCUCUCAAAGGUGAACCUGUUCACCUUGCUGAGUUUGUGGAUGGAGCUGUUCCCGCAAGAGCAACUCGAAGAAGAUGACCACAGUGAGAUCCGCAGGACGGGUCUGGUGGUGGCGCGGGACAGCAAGGUGGUGGGACUCCACUGUUCGGGACCUGAGCUCCACGCAGGACAGGCCGCCAUCAUCCAACAUGGCGCCAGCUUGGCUGACUGUCAGUUGUACUUCUCGCGGAGACCCUGCGCCUCCUGCCUCAAGAUGAUCAUCAACGCUGGAGUCAGUCAGAUCUCCUUCUGGCCUGGAGACCCCGAGGUCAGCAUGCUGGGACCCCCCUCCGCCAGCCACUCAAGCUCCCGCGGUCUACCGGACGGCAUCACGGAGGAGGCCGCACUGGACGCCGUGGCGACGGAGAAGCUGAAGUCCAACAGCCGCCCUCACAUCUGCGUGCUGCUGCAGCCGCUGGCGCCCGGCCUGGCGCAGUUCGUGGACGAGACGUCACGGGAGUGCGAUUUCCUGGAGAGGAUGUCUGAUGACGAACCGGGUCUGAAUACUGAGGAACUCUUCAACAGAGAGCGGACGAGGCACCUGAAGGAUUUCUCCAGACGGCUCCUGGUCAGGACGUCCGAGCAGCACCGGGAGAUUUUGACCCACAUGGGUCUGGAGAACUUCUGUGUGGAGCCGAACUUCUCCAACCUGAGACACAACAUGGGGGAGCUGGCGGAGCUUCUGGCUGCGGUGGCCGCCGGCGUGCCGCAGCAACGCUACGGCUUCCACAGGGAGCAGCACUCGACCCCGGAGCCAUCGCCGGCCGAGGCCUCGCCGCCGCCACAUCACGACGGGCUGUCCCAAGAAGUGGCUCGCCAUUGCAUCAUCCAAGCCAGGCUGCUGGCUUACAGAACAGAGGAUCCCAAAGUGGGCGUGGGUGCUGUCAUCUGGGCCAAAGCACCGGCGGCUGCCAGUGAUGGAACGGGGGCUCUGUCCCUGGUGGGUUGCGGGUACAACGCCUACCCAGCAGGCUCGCACUACGCAGAAUACCCGCAGAUGGACAACAAACAGGAGGACCGACAGAGACGCAAGUACAGAUACAUGGUCCACGCCGAGCAGAACGCCCUCACCUUCAGGACUCGACACAUCAAACCGGAGGAGCCCGCCAUGCUGUUUGUGACUAAAUGUCCAUGCGACGAGUGCGUCCCUCUGAUCAGAGGAGCCGGCAUCACGCACAUCUACACCAACGACCGGGACCGGGACAAGGACAAGGGAGACAUCUCCUACCUGAGGUUCGGCAGCCUGAAGAGCAUCAACAAGUUCAUAUGGCAGAGGAGCCCUCCCGUUGUCUCGCCGUCCUCUCCUCGCCAUGCCAGUAACGGUUGUGUCGGGAAGCACAGCGGGCCGGCCGAGCAGGAGAGCCACCGACGCAAGAAGCUGUGCACCAACAGACCCCACGGCCCGCCGGCCGUCCGCAGCCAAAAUAACAACAGCAGCCAAAAAUAAUUUACGUGAACUACGAGAGGCUGCUUUAAAUAGGGAGAGUUACUGGAACCCAUAAGACACACUGACUUCAAGAGGAGACGGACAUUAAGGAACUUGAUUAUAAAGCUUUUAACCUAGUGUCAUUAUCUUUCAUUCACCUAUCCAAUGUUGAAGAAUUAUGUUACUGCUCGACUUUAUCAUUUUUUCGGUGAUUACGGUGUUCAAAUGUUUUCAAAACAUCCAGAAAGACAUGAUGUACUUUUAGUGUUUUAAGGAAGUUAAAGCAGGAGAUUUAAGGGGAUAAAUAUAAGAAGUUGCACAUAACCUGUACACAAUAAAUGAACACACACACACACACACACACAAAGCAUGCAUGCCCAUCCUUUUAUUUGUCGUGAAUGUGGUACAAUAGCAUCAACGUGGACAACAAGGUGGCAGCGUUCAUAGAGGGGACACUGGGAUCAGAUCACGUGGAGUUUGGCUCAAGUCGGAUGUAAAGCCGGUCGCUCUACUUCUGCGUCGCGUGAUAUCCGGAUAUCGUACGACGCGUCACAGCUUAUA